AGGUAUUAUCGCUAGACGAAAUCCCUACCUUCUUUGGAGCUUUUGGUCAUUACGUUAUUGUUAGGAGAUUGAAAACGAAGAAGAAAUACGAGGUCUGGUUUUUGUUUGGGGGAAAUCCAAUCAGAUUCUCGCUAAGAGAAUUUGCUAUCGUUACUGGUCUCAAUUGCGGCAAACUCCCAAUCUCACCACCACCCAAGAAAAGGAAAAACCCUCUGGAAGAGAAACUCUAUUGGAACGAGUUGUUCGGGUCCCUUAAGACAUGCAUGAUUGAGACUGUUGUUGAUAUGCUGAAGACUAACAAAGUGAGAGACAGGGUUAAGAGGCUUAAGUAUGCCGCUUUGGCUAUUGUAUCUUCUGUUCUCCUGCCAUCCUCACACUUCCCGAAGAUCAUUCCCGAACACGUUGAGAUGAUUCGUGACCUAGACGAAUUUAUGGCCUACCCAUGGGGUAGAGUUUCUUUACAAGUGCUGGUGUCUUCGUUGUUUGCCAAAGAUGAAGUCGCUCUGUCUCAGGAGUCAUUCGCUGUUAGGGGUUAUGUGGACGAGAUACAGAUGGUCAUGAUUGCCGCGGUACCAGCUCUGAAAGAAAGAAGUACUCCUUCCGAAACAUCUAGGCUGAUACGGCUAGGCAUGAGGUUCCUCCCAAAUAUGCAGUCAUUCGUGGGCACGCCAAACAAAUGGAUUCAGAGUGCGAGGUUAGUGUCUGCAAUAUCCUUGACGAUCCAUAGGAAGAGUGGUGUUUGCAGUGGGAUUUUUCAUGGAAUGACGAAGAUAUUGACGCAAUGGUUGACUUGAUCCUUCGCCUUGCUGGAGAAUGUUACCCCUUCAAGAACGAAAUGUUCAAGGGCGGGAUCCAAGCUUCUAGUAUUGUGCGUACCAAACCAGAGAAGCAGAAGGAGAAAGCAAGAAAAAGGAAGAAUGACAAGGAAGUACCUGCGGAGUCCAACGAAGGCGAGUCAUAUGAUUCUCAGUUGCCAAACCAUAUUGCCAAGCUGGUUGGUGAUCAUAUGGAUGGGAUAUUAGGUAGACUAGUGCCAAUGAUUAAAGAGUCUGUAGAUCAUCAGAUCAAGGCAAUCUUGGGUGGUUUCAACUUUGAUGGUAAGAUCUCGGCGAUCCUAACAUCCUUGAACAACAUGUCAGCCUUAGAGGGUAUGGUCAAUGCAACUUUAGUGGACAAGGUCGCCAACAUGCAAAACACGGUCAUCAAGUCCCUAUGCGAACACAUCACAAAGGCCUCUGCAAACAAUCCGUCUUGUGAUCCCAUGAUUUCCUCCACCUCUCCAAGAAUCCCAAACGUGGAUGUCAAUCCUGACACUGCUCUCCAUAGGGAGCUGGAUGACUUGACGGCACGCACUCAACCGAUCAGAUAUCGCCGGUGGGUGAGUUCCCGGGGACUGGUGGGCAGGACAAUGCAUCUCUUACGAAAGAAGCGGUUGCAAUGGAAACGCAAGAGGUUAGUCAUGUACACAGUUCUUAAAUUGAAAGCUAGCCCUGGUGAUGCGGACAUCAAACCAGUAGCUGAACCGGAAGUCAACCCAACACCUUACCAAACCAGCCAAGGCGCUAACCAGGACAUAUGUGCACUAAAAAUGCCAUAUCUUUCAAACCAGGAGGGUUUUCACCAUGAAACCAAUUUUCAUGGAUUCUACACUCAAUAUGGAGUCAAGCCAAAUUAGAAUUAUCCCAAAAUCUAUCCGGAGCAAGAAGAUAUCAAUUUUACAAACCGGAGGUUCUCUAGCCCAUCCAUUUGCGAGUACCAGGCCUUAGAAGAAAUUUCAAGCUCAGACAUGACGCGGCCUUCACCAUAUUCAAUCAUGAGCUUGAAGAGGGACUUAUUAUCUUUCCAGGAAGCCCGAAAUCAAGAGAAUUGGUGAUAUACCAUGGAUUUUACCCGUUUUUAACCAUGGUACAUGCCCAGCAGUACCAGAAGCAACAUGGGAAAUCAACUAUUAUUCUCAGAGGAUCCUGCACACUUGGAACGCUCAAUCCGCAAAGACCUACGCUCCGCAUCGAUCGACAGAACCGCAUUACCGUCGACUGAUACUCACGUUCAACCGUCGACCGACACUCAGACAGCACCGUCGACUGAUACCGUUCGCCGAUCCACAUCGUUCGAUACUACUCACCGUACAUCGAUCAACACUACUCCGAAGCAUGGUCGCGAUUGUUAUUCUGACGCAUGGCGAUAAUGGAAACCUGUAUGACCAAGAUGGUCAUCUGCGUAAUACAACAUGUCAGAAGCUAGAUGCACAGGCUACAGGAGAAGCUCAAACACGAUCGUUGGCAGACUAUAACCGUCCAGACGAGUACUACACCAACAUAUCAGCUAUUUGACUUCUAGAGAUUCAGAAGCCGAACUUCGAGCUCAAGCCUCAGUACUACUCUCUCGUGUCUCAGAUACCUUAUUCUGGGCUAUCACACGAGCAUCCUAUGGACCAUCUGGAGAGGUUCGAGGAUCUUAUCACUGCUAUUCGUAUGGAUGGAGUCCCUGAGGACUACCUACUCUGCAAGUUCUUCAAAUACUCACAGAUUGGAGAAGCUUCGCACUGGAUCAAGCAGCUACCUACAGGAUCACUGACAUCCUGGGCCGACAUCAAAAACGCCUUCCUGCGUAAUUUCUUUGAUGAGGCACGCGCUGAAGGCUUAAGGAGCAAAAUCGCCACUUUCGCGCAAAAGCCUAGUGAGACUUUUAAAGACGCAUGGAUCAGAUUUAAGUUCUUCCAGCGAGACUGUCCACACCAUGGAUUCAAUAAAGUGCAGCUGCUAAGCACUUUCUGCAGAGGUAUCACCUUGAGGUAUCAGAUGGCUCUUGAUACUGCCAGUGAGGGGAACUUCAACCACUAGGAAUCCAAUACAUGCUGUGAGAAUUAUUGAGAACCUAGCCAACAGCAGCAUCACUAAGAACACUGACUCUGACAAGAAGAAAUCGGUUGCAGCCAUCGGAGAAGACCAGAUGAAUGAAGUCAGAGCCAAGAUAGAUGCUUUACAUGCAUUUCUGGGGCAGCCAGUCUACUCAGCUGAAGAAGGAGAGGCUAGAGAAGAUGAUACAGAGGAAGAUGUGAACUACAUUGGAGGUACUUGAUUUCAGAGAUAUGGAAACCAGAGUGGAAAUAUAAACUUUUUUGGCAGUGGUCAGAAGCGUAAUUACAACCAGAGUUCACAGUAUCAGAAACCCUUCACCAAUACAAGGAACUACGGUAACUCAGCUUACCAAAACCCACCACCACCCACCCAGGAAAGUAAGUUUGAUGCCAUGAUUGAUAGAGUUCUAGAAGGUCAGCAGAAGCUUACAGUAGACUUCAAUGGGAAGAUUGAUUCUGUCUUCAAUAAUCUGACCACAAGGAUAUACACCAUUUGCACUCAAGUUAAGAAACUUGAGACACAGAUUGUCCAGACUGAAGACUCUAUCAGGAGGAUUGGAACUUCUAAGGAAGUAGGGGAAGGAAAUAGGAAACACCACGUGAAUGCCAUUAUAGAUGAUGAUUUCUGGCAAGUGGUGAAACAUGAGAAGCUACAAGAAGGAGACUUUGAAGUGGAAAGUUCACUAAGUUUCGGUGGAUCACAAUGGUGUCGAUCGACACCAACCAGUCCACAUCGAUCGACAUUAAUGAUGUCAUUUCCGGAUACGACUGUAGAUUGCAACGCGGUUAGGAUAUUGACACAUGCUGAAUUCACGGCUUCUCAUCCAUACCCACCCACCCACACCUACGAAGAUAUCGACCGACGAGAUGAGCCACUCAUCGAUCGACACAAUGAUGAGAAACAUAUCGAUCGACCCUUUUCUCCACCUAUCGAUCGACACGCACCUCUCACAUACCAAGUGCAACUACCAUCGAUAGACAGCAACUGAAUCAAUGCACUCAGACCCACACCGAAACCACAAGCUAACCCUACAGAGACCACUGGUAACCCUUCAGACACUACACCUACAUCAGAGGGAACUGAAGGAAGAAGGUUAAGGAGUAGAAAGGAAAAGAUUCCUAAGAACCUUAAGAGGGAAGCUAAUGAAAAGGAGAUUGAUGGUUUCACUAAAAGAGUUAUCAGAAUCCCACCAGAGAAACCUUUUGAGGAGGUUUACUUCACAAGCAGAUUGUGGAUGUUCUUCAGAGAAACAAGGGAGACUGAAAAUGACAUUAGAAGAAGGUUUGACAAUGUCAGAGAAGAUAUGAGGAAAAUGAUUACUUUGAAGAAGAAGAGUGAUCCUGGGAAGUUUGCAAUACCCUGUGUAGUACAAGGGAUUGAAUUUUCUCAUGCACUAUGUGACACUGGUUCAUCAGUCAGCAUCUUACCAAAGAUCAUGGCAGACCAUCUUGGCCUGCAAGUAGAGCCUUCACCAGAGAUCUUUACAUUUGUGGAUUACACGCAGAAAAACUCUAGAGGCUUGAUCAGAGACCUGGAAGUACAUAUUGGUAAUGCUAUCGUCUCUGUGGAUUUUCAUGUCCUAGACAUCAAGCUAAAUUGGAACUCUUCCCUCUUACUUGGAAGAGCAUUUAUGGCUACAGUAGGAGUCAUAUGUGACAUUAACACCAACAUGAUGUGCUUGACUCUGAUAGAUCCAGAUAUCCACUACGACCCUGUCAAGCUUGGCAAACCAUCAGCCAAAUCAGUGGUAAAAGAAGAUGAUCCUGGUAUCAUUGCAGUUUGUCAUUGUGAAGUCGAGUACGAGACAGAGUACUCGGGAUCGAUCGACAGCAGCUUAACUUCAUCGAUCGACACCAGUAAGUCAGAGGAGAUCGACAACAAACAUAGAUCAUCGAUCGACAGAGACCCACCAGAUGAUGAAUUCGAUCUACCAGAUCAUUGCUACCCGAAUUUCGCCAUCCCACUCAGCAGAAAGGUAGAUGAUUACUCAGUAAGGAGUUGGGCAGAUAGCGGAUUUCAUGAGAGUUUUGCAGUAGACAUAGCCACCUCUUCCCACAGUGGAGACCACGGUGAAGAACAUGAUACAGACUACUGGGAAGAGAGAGCUUGGGAAAAUUACUUGGAGAAUGACAGAUUUGCAAAUCGAUUCCCACAAUCGAUCGACAUCAAGCGCCCACCAUCGAUCGAUUAUCUACUUCAUCCAGCAAAACGACAUCGUCCAUUGAUCGACAUAGCCAGUAUCACAUCGAUCGAUAUUAACCCGGACGACUUAAAGGACAAAAUCGGAAUUUCACCGAUUAGGGCAACACAUGGGUAUAAAAGGUUGACAACUACAGAGACAAAAAUUCAAAACUUUCCACCGUCUACCCAGCAGCUUCCAGCAUUCAGCAACUUAUCAAUGGAGGACUGCAACACCAUGAACAAUCGAUCCAACCAUGCAGCUAGACAUGCACCAUCGAUCGCCACCACCACAUCACCAUCGAUCGACGCCUUCAACAGAGCUCAAUCUCGAUUUCAUGACCCUUAUGAUAUCAGGAACGUUUCACUAACACCUGAUGAAUUUGGAAUUUUCAGGGACACAGAUGGCUAUGCAAGAGCAAUGGAUGGAAGAGUUCUGCACAUAACCAGAGAAGACAUAGCAGACAUCCUCCAAGUUGCUAAUGGACCAGAAAACCUGUUCACACAGCAACGUGGCCAUCCAGACAUCCUAGCUCACGUCCAGGACAACCACCACGUCACCCCAAGGGAGGAUACAGUUCCUAAAAGUUUCGGUCAACCCAGGAGUUCACCAUCGAUCGACAUCGUUUCAUCACCAUCGAUCGACGGAGGAUAUCCCGGAUCGAUCGACAUACCAAGAGUCGGGUCGCCCGACAGACGAUUGGAGUUUGGACGACGUGCCUUCAAUACUGAUGGAUCUAGGAGAUUCAAAUGGGAAGCAAAGGAUGAAUAUGGUGUCUACAGAGAUGAGUUUGGCUAUGCUAGAGGAGUUGAUGGUGAAAUCAUCCAUGUUACCAAGGAGCAAAUAAGGAGAAUUCUGGAGAGAGCAUCACUUUUUCACAAAGGUUGCUUACGCCUUCCAGUACACACACACGCCCUUACCAUGCAUACAGACCACCACUAGUACCCUACAGUAGAGAGGAGAUAGAUGAUAUGGUGACUGAUGUAUGGAGAGCUCAGGCACACCUUGAGGCAAACAUGCACACAUUGGUGGAAGACACUUUCCAGCCUUUGGAUGUCAGCUACAAGGAUUUCCAGAGUGAUAUGGCCAAGAUAAGAGUGGAGCUUGGAAACAUAUUAACCAUGCUUGAGAAGGAAGUAACGCCACCAAUAUCGACCGACAGAGUACCUGUACCAUCGAUCGACAUCGGCAAGACUACAUCCAAGGACAGACCAGAAUGUUCAUCACCUAAGCGAGAUGAAUGGGAGAUUGUUUAUAUCAAUACACGGAUUGGAGACGUCUACAACCCUCUCAACAACAACGUCGAUUGGUUAAGCAAGGGGAUCGAUCUUCUACAGAAAGAGCUAGCAUCAAUUCGCAAGAAGGUCAAGCUAAGAAUGCUACUUUUCCAUCGAUCGACACACAUUCUUCACCGUCGAUCGACACAAGGUUCGCAGCACUGGAAGAUAAGAUGAAAGCAUACGAGACGAAGCAUGAAAAUUUCAGUUCACCUAUCCUGCGACACCAGGACACACUGUCACAACAGCUGAACGAGCUACAACAAGACAUGAGCAUAGUUCAAGAUCAUAUUGGUCUUCGUGCAGAAACGCAACAUCAAUCGACAGGCCUAGACCAAUAUCGAUCGACAUCGAGCCACCACCAGCAAAGAGAGCAUGCACUACAACAGAAGUUGAAGAAAUCAAACAUGAGCUGUACGAGGCUAUGGAUGCUAUGGAGAGGAGACUCAACGGGACCUGCGAUACCAUUGACGACACUGUUAACGAACGAGUAAACAGCCUAUGCAGAACUACUCGCCAAAUGAAGGGCGAUAUACGUGCUCUGCAAUAUCAAGAACAGCGCUCACCAUCGAUCGACACAGUUGAUACUGAGUCGACCGACAGAACUCUCAGCGAAACGACCGACGCGCACCUAGUAGCAUCGAUCGACACCGAAUCUUUGGCAGACCGAGAUCAGUUAAUUCAUGACAAGAUCGAUGCAUUACAGAAUGAGCUGAGGGAGUUAUCAGCAUACACCUACCAGACCAUCGACAGGAAGGUUGGCAACAUCGACUACAUUGAGAAUUCUGUGAGGAAAGUUCAGGAUACAGUCCUCAAGGUAGAUACAAAACAUCUGAGAUCAGAUGAUGCCACAAGAAGCUUCGUUGCCACAUGGUUCAACAGUAGAAGACAUGAGAUUGAUGAUUGAUGUCCGGUAAUCAGCAGUUUCUGCACCCCUUGAGUCACACACCUACCACAGUCAAGCUAAAUGACUAUAACAAAGCGCUGAGUGGGAGGCAACCCACUAUUAGGUUUUCUUUAUUUUUCCUUUAUUUUAUUAUUUUUCAUUUUUGCUUUUAUUUUUCGGAUUUAUUUUGCAGUUUUUUUUUUAAGAUCCGAGUAGAAUGAUGAUUCCGUCGACCGACAUUUACCAUUCAUAUCGCUCGACACCACACGACCAUCACUAACGAUCGACGUACACCACUACGAAUUGAUCGACACCUUGUCGAUCAGGUUUAAUCAUUCUAACUUGUUAUAUUUAUUAAUUAUGAUUUAUUUUCUUUACCUCCUUACCGGCUGUGUUACACUGGGACAGUGUAAUUUAAGUCGGGGGGGGGGGGGAGAGUUUACUAAUGCGUGUUUUUAUUUUGGGUUUUAGUCAAAUUGUUUUUCAAAAUUAUUUUUCGCAUAAGUAUUAAAUAGGAACAUUGAUAUAGAUUCGUAUUUGAUAAUCUGACCACUCUUUUGCACCAUUCUAGAUUACUGAUUGCAGAUAAUACUAAACAUGCUAAAGUGGAUCAACCUGUCAUCUAUAUUCACUAGCUAAGAUUGUUUGAAGGAACCAAAUCUGACCUCCAACACUAAUACUGACUUAUUUGCUUGUCUUGGGGCUUGGAAAUCACUGGAUCGGAAUCCUCUUACAAGUCUGGAAGGUAAAAAGUCUGUGUGUUUCUGGUUCCCUUCCUUCUCUCUCUUCAGCGUCUCAAGAUCUAAGUUUAUGUUAUAAAAGAUUGAAAUGAUUUCUUGAGAGGCAGAGGGGUAGGAGUGUCUCCUGCGACCCCAGUAUUCUAAAUCUCAAGGAUGAUCACUCAUUGUGGAAACGAGGAAUAGGUAAAUUACCAAAGACCCCAUUAUUCGCUACACUUUGUCAAAAAUGUAUGAGUUACAAUGCAAAUGUCAAUGAGAUGGACUAGAUGACCUAUGUGGCAUCGAAACCUGUUGAAAUGGAAACUAAUAAGAGAUUAAGAGAAGAGAGAUGAGGGGAGAAAGGAAUCAGAGAAGACUACCUGUGUGUUCAGAUACUUGUUUGAGGUUAAUCCAUGUGUCCUUUGAUCGAUACUCCCAAGGUAAAGCCUGCACUUUUAUUUUAUGUUAAAAAUGAGGUUAGUAGAGGAGAAUGUCAGAUGAGAUUUGCUAAGUUGUUGACUAGAUGAGGUUGGUUGCUAAGCUAGGAUAAGGCAUAAUGAACUUCUGUGAUUAGGAUGUUUAGACAUGAAUUGCAAACCCAUAGAGUGAUGACUUCAAUAUUUUGAAUCUUUGAGUUCCUGCUGUUUUCAAACAUUUUUCAAAGACUAAUGUUUUUGCUUGAGGACAAGCAAAGGAGUAAGUCUGGGGGAGUUGAUAUACCAUGGAUUUUACCUGUUUUUAACCAUGGUAUACUAGUAUUUUAUUAUAUAUUUAAUAUGUUUUCUAGCCUGUUAGGUAUGUUUUCAGGUUCAGGAGCAUUUCGUGAGAAAGUGAUGUUUUUGGAGCAUUUUGGAGUGCAAGAGAUGAUACACCCGAGUUGACCAUUCAAGACCAAGUCGGAAGUCAACAUUGCGAUUAUAAUCGAUCAAUACUCGUCCUGAGUUGUCGAUCGAUGUAGCUGAGAAGAUCCACGUAAUAGAAGAUUAUAAUCGAUCGAUACACAUCCUGUGUUGUCGAUCGAUAUCGAGGACGAAAUGGUUUAGCCGACUACUUCACCAAGACUUCACCAAAUUACAAGAUUGCCCCUGACAAGUUUUUAGCCUAAUGGAAAUGCUUAAAUAUUCCUGCUAAGUGUUUUUGACGGCAAGAUUUGAACAACUUAGAGAAAAGCAAGUCUUGAGAGGCAAAGCAGAGAGUGUGAGAGAGAGACUAGAGUUUUAUUUGUUUUGAGAGAUUGGAGAGAUUUCUCAUCUCCUUUUGUAUUUCUACUUAUUUCUAUCUAUGCAAUUCUUUCAUCUAUCCAUUGUCAUGAAUUGCUUAGCUAUGUCUGAGUAGUCUACUUGUUAGAUCUAGGGUUUAAAAGGUUUGUGGGAUUAGCCCCAAACUAUAAUUGCUAAGUUGUGGUACUCAUCAAAUGGAUUGCACCCUAUGCUUGUUCUAGAUUAGCUAACUAGAAUAUAGAUCACUAGGAUCUUUGAUUAUCUUGACUUAUCCAUUUGAGCUAGCUUGUCUCCUGUUGAGAAGAGCGACAGCCCUCCUUGAGACCUAGUGCUCAUUAUCGGCUCGCGCCUAGGCAUCUCUAGAAGCCGUCGAUCGAUAUCCCGACAGGUGAAUCGAUCGCCGAGCGAAAGGUGUAUCGAUCGAUAUCUCAAAAGGAUGUCGAUCGACUCUUUUUCUGUGUCAACAUACGACAGUUGAGGCCCGAGAUCUAGAUUAUUUAACCAGUGAUACAUCACUAAAAUUAAGCUGCUGAGAUCUAUAGUAUCAUGCAAGCAACUUGUUAAAGCAUUUAUAGAAAUUAUAAUCUCCAUUCCUGAAUAAAAGCCCUAUGUCUAGCACUCUUUAUCACAUUUAAACAACCCAUCAUAUUGUUAGUUAGAGCAACUACCUUACUCAUUUUAGGAAUUUUUAUUUUUAUUUCCAUCAUAUAAACCAACUUCACCUAGGAUUGAUUAGUAGAUUUUAUUUAAUUGGUUCCCUAGCUCCUCGUGAUUCGAUCCCUAAGUACUACAGCUGUACCUCUUAUUUGAGAGAGUAAGCUCUACUGGGUAACUUGAGCACUAUCAAUUGGUCAAGAAAAUCAGAAGUUAUGAGUAAUUUCCCAGAACCGGCCAAACCGACGCUAUCUAUGGAAAGUUGCCAACCAAUUCAAUUCGGUUCGACCCAGAGCUAUUUAUGGAGACUAGGAGAUCAUGUUAGCCAAUCAGAAGACGUUCCAGGAGUUCUUAUAUGCACCAGAAGCCAGAGGAUCAGGCGGAUCCUUGAAGAAGUUAUCAAACCUACCCAGAACCAUUUUUGGAAAGAUUGGACAAUCUUUCGGUUUGAUCAUUUCCAACCAACACUACAAGAAAUAUGGGUAUUGGUAGCAGUUCACGGUAGCACGAAUUCACGAAGUGCUACUAAAAGUUUGAAAAUCCGAAACAAGACCUUUUAGUAGCGUUAAUUAAGCGCUGGCAAAAAAUUUCAUUAACCCGGGAAAUAAAAUGAAUAAAAAAUACAUUGAUUUCGGUUAAGUGUCGGUAUAGAAAGUAAUUUGGGCAAAGGACUUGGUUAUUUUUUUUUACCUUUUCUUCGUCUCCUUCACUCCGAAACCAUCGACGACACAUGCAAAAGUUCAAAGACUCAAUCUCUCCGAUAUUUCACGAAGAUAUUCCUGCCUGUGGUGUUCUCGUCACCGGCGGUCAGAUUCCAGGUGAAACCCAGUUUCGAUUUUGUCCGUAUGAACCCUAGAUUCAUGUUUUUGAUUUUUCUGAUUCCUCUGAUUAAUUUCUUUGAUUUCUUUCAGCUUUGAGGCGACGAAGAUUUGGAGGAGACAAGUCAGGUUAGAGCUUCUUACAUCUGUUUCAGAUUCAGCUUUGAGUGAAGUUUGGUUAUUUUGUGGGUGUAUACGAUUUGAUCUGUGGUUCUCUGAUACACUAAAAAUGAAUCCUUGCUACUGCCAAGUUAACAGUUGCAAUUGUAGUACUUGAGAUUCAAAUCCAGAGGACUAGUCUACACUCUAGUUCUAUAAGUUCCAGAAUCAAGCUAAGAAGGAAAUAUAAUUUGGUUGAAAUAGGCGAUAGUAAACAAGCAAAAUAAACACGAGAUUGAUUCAAUUAAACAAGAGCUAGCCUAGGGUAUUUCAUUGGGUGUUGAAUUGGAGCCAAACAAUUAUUCAAGCGCGAUGAAGUGCUUUCUAGAACUCGGAUCACUCAGCUGGAACACUCCACUGUCGUGGCAGUGAUCGCUUUGCAGAUCGAUCUCACCACCUAACUGUCGUUGGGAUGAGGAUCGAUUGCAAGCUUUAGAGAACAGGUCCGAUCAGUUCACUUACCACCCUAAUAUCUACUUUUGCUGAUUAGGGAUACUAAGCUCAUUCAAUACAUGUCAAGUUAUCAUCCUAAGCGGUUAACUAGGUGAUGAACUAGUGAUCUAACAUCAAGUGAUCAGUUUAAUGAAAGCAGUAAGAGCAGUAUGAAUGAAGAACAGUUAUGGAUCGCUUAUCUAUGUUUAGCUCAUGUCUCAACACCCUAAAAACCCUAGGCGAGCAAGGCUACUACUCGAUCAUGAUGCAAAUAGACAAAGACAUAAAUCCUGAAUAAAAUUGCAUAAGAACAGAGUAUGAAACAAAAGGGUUCAGAUGAUCUUCUCUAUGAGAGGAUGGGUUUCUUCUCCCUUACAAGUUGCAGAUCGUAAAUCUCAGUGUUCUCUUGUAAAAACUAGCGUAAAAAAAAUAGAAAAUAGAUAGAUGGCGUUUUUAUAUGGAGGCGCCAAUCAGAAGAAAAGAGAUUAGGGCAACAGGGCUUAAAUUCCCGAAAUAGGAGUUUCCAUAUUCGUCUGGAACAAUCUCCGGAUCACUCCGUCUGCUUGUUCCGCUUGCGAGAGAACAGUCUCGGGACUGUUCUCUUGAGUGUUCUCCGCAGGAAUGCUCCAAAAGGACUUCUUUUCAUCAGGCACCUUCUCUUCUUCCUUCUACUAACUCCAGACCUGUAAAAGGUCAAAAAGGACUAGACUGACACGAAUUAGUGACUUGAAACAAAUGAAAACAUAUAUACAAUGAUGUGAAAAACACCAUAUAUCAAUUCCCCCAGACUUAGAUCCUUGUUUGUCCUCGAACAAGGCAAGUACCAAGAACAGGGAGAAAGGUUUGAAAGCGUGGGAACUCGCUUAUUCUCAGCAACCAUACUCUUACCACAAAUCUCUGAACCAUACAAGCUGUAGAUUAGGACCACACACACUUACUGAGAACCCCCUGAUCGCUGUUCGAAGAUCGGCUCCUUACUCUACAUCUCAACCUGAAAAGGCAACACUUUCGAGACAAAACUCCUUAUGUUCAAUUAAGAUCAGCGUGAGCUUCUUGUCACAGGCUCUACUCAGAGAGAACGGGCUAGGUAUAGAACAGGCUAACUUUUAUGGUGGAGUUCAAGAGUGUUUAGGGUUUACCAAGAGCGGGUGCAGGAUAUCGCACAAAAUGGUCGUGAGAGGACGGCUCCAUUGAGGUCCACAGUCCUUACUCAUCUCUGCUAAUCGGACUGCUCUCCGAUAGAUCGAUCAUAGGACUGCUCUGCGUGAUUCAACUUCCCCUUCAGAACACUUCACUGAAACCACCAUUACUUAUCAACUUCCCCAGUGGCAUGCAUCAUAUAUUCUUCCCCUUCUCGUCACCAGUAAAUCAAAACAAAAACAGAAUAUUUUUUUUUUUUUUCAUACUGAUAUACACAAAUGCUGGGGUGACGAGCAAGGAGGUAACAAGUGAUGUACAUGAUGCCACUGGUGAUUCAUUCUGCUCUGUUCUAGCCACUUACUUCUUCGUUGUUCUCUAUGGUAUCGGAACAGGCACCUCGGUUGUUCUCUUUCGUGCCGGAACAAGCGCUCCGGUUGUUCUGCCUGCUUCCACUGUGUGAGCAUUGAUGAGUAAGAACUGCGUCGAUCCUUUCCUCUCCGACCUUUUUGCACAUAUCUGCACAUAAAGUACUAGAAAAGCAAAUGCAUGAGGGUGGAAUAAAAGGUCAGGGUUCAAGGUGGGAACUAGCUAAAGAUGAGCUAGCCACUCAGGAACAGCAAGAGGGAUAAAAAUCGGAUAAGAAGUCCUGAGUGUAGUUCUCAUUCUACCCUGAUCUAGUGCCCAUGACAAGAAGAAUUAAAGUCCAGAUUAGGUUCAGAUAAAGUGGAGUUAAGUCUGCCCAGUGUAACCUGAUCGGUAUAGAACUUCUGGAGUGUCAAAUGAGAUAAGUCAGGGUGUUCCAGGUCCAUGUGUGGGUCUUUCAUCACUGCUAAGGUCACUGAAUAAGAAGGUUAAAGCACGAGGUGGUUAAAGAGCAUCACAAAAUAAGGUCCUGAUUCCCACAAUAGUUUUGACUGACUCGAU